AUGUCUAAUUUCACACAGCCCCCAAAGAGAACUAUUGAAGAAUCUACAGUGGAUACUACUGCCACUAAAAAGGCUAAAGUUGAAUCCAGUUAUAGUGAUAAUGGUGUUCGUGAACCUGAUGUCGGGAUCACUCUAUUCUUAUCCUCUCAAAUUCCUGGAUUUGCAGGUCAAAUUAAACAAAGAUACACCGAUUUCUUAGUUAAUGAGAUUGAUAAAGAGGGAAAAGUUGUGCAUUUGACCGAUAAGGGGUUCAAGAUGCCUAAGAAGCCUCAACUUUCUAGGGACGAAGUCAGAGCAAAUCGUGAGGAAGAAGCUAGCAAGAGACAAGAUUUUAAAGUGGAUGAAAAAUUGAGAUUGGAACUGGUGGAAAUAUUUGGCGAAGAUGAUGUAGUCAAGAUUGAAGACGUUUAUCGUAAUGCCAAGACUAUGGAAACGUCAAAAUCUUUCGAUGAAAAAUCUGUCAGAACAAAGAUUCAUCAAUUAUUACGUGCCGCUUUCAAUAACGAAUUGGAAUCUGUUACUAGUGCUGAAAAUACAUUCAAGAUUGCCAGAAGUAAUAACAAUUCUAGAGUUAGUAAACAAGCCUUCGUUGACCAAAAUAAGGACGCCAAUGGUGUGGAAAACUGGGGGUAUGGUCCAAAUAAAGAAUUCAUUCACUUCACCUUAUACAAAGAAAAUAAGGAUACUAUGGAAACCGUUAACAUCAUUACUAGAUUAUUGAGAAUCCCAAGCAAACUUAUUAGAUUUGCAGGUAAUAAAGAUCGCAGAGCUGUUACUUGCCAAAGAUUAUGUAUCUCCAAAAUCAGUAUCGAUCGUUUGAAUGCGUUGAAUAGAACCUUAAGAGGUAUGACUAUUGGUGACUAUAAAUUUGAAGACGGAAACUUAAGCCUUGGUGAUCUACAAGGUAACGAAUUUGUUAUAGUUAUAAGAGAUGUUAAAGUUAAUAAGUCUUCCACGUUAUCUCUACCAGAAAUCUUAGACCAAGGCUGUAAAUCUUUAACCGACAAUGGGUUUAUCAACUAUUUUGGUAUGCAAAGAUUUGGUACAUUUAGUAUUUCCACUCACGAAAUUGGUAAACAGCUUCUGUUAAGCAAUUGGGAGAAAGCUGUAGAGUUAAUCUUGUCUGACCAAGAGAAUGUCUUACCGAUUUCAAAAGAAGCAAGGCAAAUUUGGGCUCAAACUAAGGAUGCAGCUCUUGCUUUGAAGAAAAUGCCUAGGCAAUCUAUUGCUGAAAAUUCUAUUUUACAUUCAUUAUCCAAUCAAAAGAAGGAAGAUGAUGGUAAUUACUCCUCAUUUGCCUAUUACUCUGCCAUCAUGCAAAUUCCAAGAAAUUUAAGAACAAUGUAUGUUCAUGCCUACCAAAGUUUUGUUUGGAAUGCAAUUACCAGUAAAAGAAUUGAAUUACAUGGAUUAAGUUUGGUUGUGGGUGACCUUGUCAUUGACAACAACCCAAAUGAGCAAGUACCUUCGGCUGACACUGAUUCGGAUGAUGAAUUACGUGAAGAUUUACGCGAAGACGAAUUUAUUCGUGCUAAACCACUUACUCAAGAAGAUAUUGAUUCAGGCAAAUAUACCAUUGAUGAUGUUGUUUUACCUACACCGGGAUUUGAUAUUUUAUAUCCAACAAAUGAAGAACUACGUCAAUUAUAUGUGGAUAUCAUGAGCAAAGAUGACAUGGAUCCUUUCGAUAUGAGAAGAAAGGUUCGUGAAUUCUCUAUGGCUGGUUCCUAUAGAAAUAUCAUUCAAAAACCAAAGGAGUUAGAAUACAAGGUUAUCCACUAUAACACCCCUACACAACAAUUGGUAAACACCGAUUUGGAAAUUUUGAAUAGCAAAAUUGGUAAGGCAAAUGGUCAAAAAUAUUUUAAAGAUAAACUUGAUAGAUAUAUGCCUGACAAGGGUGGCGACAAAACGGCAGUGGUUCUUAAAUUCCAGUUGGGUACGUCAGCAUAUGCAACUAUGGCCUUACGUGAGUUAAUGAAAGUAGAAACUUCACGUAGAGGUGACAUGUGCGAAGUACAAACAGAAUAA